AUGAUAUUUGAUUAUUUUUAUCGUGAAAAAGCCAGGGCUACACUGGCCCCCAAAUUAGAGCACCUCCACCCCCCACACCAUCCACAUUCCAAGCAAGGAAAGAUCCACUCGGAGCCGGACAUAGCCCAGUCCAGCCUACACAGGCACCAACUCAGCCAUUCCCUAGGGUCUAGGUGGGCUCCAGCAGCCUACCUCUUGGCCACUCAGAGGAUGUGUUGCAGCAUGAAAGCACAGAGGGGCAAGAACGUUCUUGCUUUUGCUGGGCCGAUUGCUGAGGGGAAAGGGACUUACCAGGAAGAACUAGCUUGUUCAACACCUUACCACAACCUCACCGAGGUCUUGUUAAAGGACCCUAUUUUUCACAACUUCCUCACGUGCCUUCUCUCCCACACACCCGCUCCCGCAAAUUUGUUCUGUUCCUCCACAGAGACCUCUGAUCUUCCGACCCCCUCCAGUUUUCUAGUCACCACACCUCAUUUCGUUUCCGUAACCAAACUGCCUUCUUUUAACACAAGAGCCAUCGAAACCUCCAAGCCUCCGGGAGGACCGGAGUUGAAAAAUCAGUCUUGGUGUGCCUGUAACUUUGUGUGGCUCGAGUCUCCAGGGAGGAUCAAGGUCUCCGGGCCUCAUCUGGUUCCAGUUAGCCGCCGGGCACACGGACCCGGACUGCGGGAAUUGACCGACUUGCCUCUGAUUGCCCUGAGGGAGCAGGAUCAGGGGCCCAGGGGAAGCAGGAGGAGGGGGUCGGAAGGAGAGGAGUGGGAUCCCGCGGCGCUGGCGGGUGUCUGCGGCCCCGAGGCGGCGGAGGCGGUCGGCCGGGCCCGGGGUCCGGGCUCGGGGUCCGCGGGGUCCGCGGGCCGGUCCCUCGGGGAGGAUGCGGGGGGCCCGGCCCGGGCAGCGGCACCGCAGCCCGGGGGGCGUCGACGGACGCCGCUCAGCAGUCCUGUUACAGAUCUUGGCGAAAGGGAGGGAGAAGAGGAGGCAGAGGAGAAGGAUGAAGAAAAGAUGGAGCCAAGUCCUCUCACGCCCCUGAAGCGAUGUCUGUCUAUGCGAGGAAUUAGCGUUCUUGAGAAGCUAAUCAAAACCUGCCCUGUGUGGCUGCAGCUUGGCAUGGACCGGGAACAAGUGAGGGAGAUCCUCCAUCAGGAAACGGCUGGGAUAUUCCUGGUUUGGCGGGAUGGAAAUCUAAAAAACAUGAUUCUCUCAGUCCACUUUCCCUCCUUGAAUGAUGCUUCUGACAUACUAGAAUACAACAUUAAAGAAGAAAAAUCAAUACUGUACCUGGAAGGAUCUGUUCUCGUGUUUGAGGAUGUCUUCAAACUGAUAGCUUUCUACUGUGUCAGUAGGGAUUUGCUGCCCUAUACAUUAAGGCUGCCUCAAGCCAUAUUGGAGGCCAACAGUUUUAAAGACCUUGAAAUCAUCUCUAAUCUGGGAAUAGGCUUUUGGGACUCCUCGUUAAACCGUCGGAAAAGAGUUGGAGAAGAGUCCGAGACGUCGAGAGACACCGCUGCCGGUGCCCGGGCCAGCAGCCUCAGAUACACUCCAGAUUACGCAAACUGUUCAUGUGAAAUUGAGCUGUCAGUCGGAAAUGACAGGCUGUGGUUUGUGAAUCCUAUUUUUAUAGAGGACUGUGGCAGUUCGUUCCCUGCAGAGGACCCUCCCAUCAAAGGAAGCUGCACGAACUUUGAUCUCUCCCUUCGUACCUCAUUGACUUCGAAGUGUGUUCCCCAGCGGCCCGCUCCCCCUCCUCCCGUCCCUCCUAAUUCUCCACCUCUUCCUCCUCCCCCCCAGUCUCCUCCUAAAGUUUAUCCCCUGGCUUCUCUUCCUGCUUCUCCUCCUCCAUUGGCUCUUCCUGCUUCCCGCCUCGUCCCUUCUCAUGCCGCAGAACUGCCCACCGAACUCUGCAAGCAGCCCAGGACGGCCUGCGGAAAGGACCGGCUCGCUCCCAAGGACGGAGGGCAGGUCCAAGAGGAGGAGAUGAAGAAAGAGGAGGGGCCGGAGCCCGGCCCACUGUUCCAGCUCCCCGCGGCCCUGGAGAAAGGUUGUUCCCUUCCCGCCAUCCCACCACGCAGGCGGCUGUCCAAGAGAGGGUCUUCGGAGGAGAGGUGUACCAUCGGAAUGAGAGAGGGGCCUCCGGCCAGAGGGAAGCAGCAGGAAGGGGAACCGGACGGCCAUUCCGAGGAGGCCCCCAACAGCCUGCCGCUUGGGAAGGUGACCCCUAUCCUUGGGAGUGAGAACCAGAGGGCCACAGGGAAGGACAAUAAGAUGGCCUGGGUCUCUGGCACAAGGGACCUCUCUGGACCACAGGCGCAGACCCCAGAGAAGGCAGCGAAACCUCCACCGAUUCCGCCCCCGAGGAAGAAGAGAAACACCCAGAAGCUGGCCCCCGCCCCGACCCCCUCCCCAAAGCCAGAAUUGCCCCCAACCCCUGUGCAGCCUGGAGCCCGGCCUCCCCAGGCUCUUUCCAAAAGCGGCUCUCAGCCCACCGUGAGCUCAGCCCGGGAGAGAGGCAGAGCCGAACCCCAGCGCUGGAGCUCCCCGGAGUUCCAGGGCUCCACCGGGUCCCUGACAGACAGCCUGGGGACCCUGGCCCUCGCCAACGAGCAGGACUCCUACUCCACCAGCAGCACGGAAGAAGAUGCCGACCCCCUGGGUGCCUCAGUGAAGAAGAAGCCCUCCAUGAUUCUGGACAAGGCCAAGCACCGGCUGUCCUUCGUGAACAUCUCCAACGUCUUCUCCGCUUUCCUCUCCAACAACCGCAAGCUGCACAAGAAGCUGGUGGAGCUGGCCCAGGAUAAGAACUCGUACUUUGGCAACCUGGUGCAAGACUACAAGGUGUACAGCCUGGACAUGAUGUCCAAGCAGAGCUCCAGCACGGAGAUGCUCCAGGAGAUCCGCAUGAUGAUGACCCAGCUGAAGAGCUACCUGCUCCAGAGCACGGAGCUGAAGUCCCUGGUCGAUCCGGCCCUGCACUCAGAAGAGGGACUGGAAACGAUCGUGGAGUCAGUGCUGUACAAAUGCGUUCUGAAGCCCUUGAAAGAAGCCAUCUACUCAUUCCUCAAGGACAUCCACCACAAGGAUGGGGCCCUCCAGCUUCUGAAGGAUAACCAGCUGGUCAUCCUGGCCACGACCACUACCGACCUUGGGGUCACCACCAGUGUUCCUGAGGUGGCGGUCAUGGACAAAAUCCUCCAUAAGUUCACCACCAUGCAUAAGGCCUAUUCCCCCGAGAAGAAGAUCGCCAUUCUGCUGAAAUCCUGCAAGCUCAUCUAUGAAUCCAUGGCGCUCGGAAACCCAGGGAAACCCUAUGGUGCUGAUGACUUCUUGCCCGUGCUCAUGUACGUGCUGGCCCGCAGCAACCUGACCGAGAUGCUUCUCAAUGUGGAGUACAUGAUGGAGCUCAUGGACCCCGCCCUGCAGCUGGGGGAAGGUUCCUACUACUUAACCACCACCUACGGGGCCCUGGAGCACAUCCGGAACUAUGACAAGAUCACGGUCACCCGUCAGCUGAGCCUGGAGGUUCAAGACUCCAUCCACCGCUGGGAACGCCGGAGGACGCUCAACAAGGCCCGGGCCUCCCGCUCAUCUGUGCAGGAUUUCAUCUCCAUCUCCUUCCUGGAGCCCGACAAGCAGCUGCGGACGCUGGCAUCUCGGCCUGACACCCAGGCUUUGCAGCUGAGCAUGCAGUGUGCGGAGAAAUUUGAGGUGGCCCAGCCCCAGGAUCACGGCCUCUUCGUCCUCGUCGACGACAAGUGCUUCCGGCUCGCCGACGACGCCCUCCCACACCUCAUCAAGGCCUACUUGCUCAAGCACGAGCCCAGGAUCGAUUUCCAAUUUAUUUAUAAGACAGUGGACCCUGGAGAAACCCAACCCCCUGUCAUCAAGGAACCAAACUUCCUAUAAGGGAAAAGGCCGGUUCUGUACAUACCUAUGGGAGUGUAUAUGUGUGCAUAUGUUAUAUACGAUAUAACACUGGGGAAUGAGCCAUCGAUCUCAGCAACGUGCAGGGUUUUCCAAAGCCCUGCCCUAUGGCUGACUGGAAACCCACUGUGAUGUGUUUUAUAUACACACACACACACACACACACACCACACCGCACACAUUGGGCUUUUUGUCGGCCCAGCUUUUUCUAUGCAAUACCCAGGGCGGCGCUCAUUGGCCAUUUCACCCUGGGCAACAGCUCAGCAUCACCACAGAAACAUCCGGACCUCACACACGCCAGAAGAGAAGUAGAUAAAGAAAGCCUCCCCCAUCUCCCAACCCCGGGGGAGGCAGCAGAGCUUUAGAGGGGGGAUGGAAACAGGGAUCAGCCCCCAGGGUUGGUUCGGCCGGCUGGGGGUGGGGGCAGGUCUCUCAGGUCCCGGGCCUGCUUAGGACUAAUCAGACAUGAUUGGAUGCUGGCUGCCAUCAGACUUUGCCUUCUUCCACCUGGGAGUGCCCAACUAGACAAUGAAGGAGCCCAGGUGGGGUCCAGUGGACCAAACUCCUCAGGAUGUAGCUGUUCCAACUUGAUGUCUGCUCCCCCUCAUCAUACCCACUACCAUCACCACACAGGUGUGGGCCCUGAGGAUUGGGCCCAGCCCCUCAGAACUCUACCCCCACCCUAUCUCCCUGUUCACCCCAAACUCCCCCCACCCCCAGGAGGGAAUCCUGGCAAGCACGUUUCCCUAGCUGCAAUCAACUCCUGAGGACUUCAAAAAUCUACUGAUGGAAGCGCUGUUUACUGUGUUACUGUGCCUUUUAUAAAUAUCCGUUUAAAAUGGGCAUCCCUUUCCUCGGAACUGAGAAGCGGCAAGCCCAGGCUGUACGUUAGGAGCAAGAGGUUGAAAU